AUGACCCAAACUAUGAUUUUGACCGGUGCCUCUAGAGGUAUUGGUGCUGCUGUAGCAGAAAUCUACCUUGCCAAAUCGCCUUCCCACAACCUUGUAGCAAUCGCCAGAUCCGAGCUGGCUUUGAAUGCUUUGAAGGAGAAGUAUGGCGAUAGAGUCAAGACGGUUGCAGGCGACAUUACUGACGAAAAAAUUGUUCUGGAAGCUGUCGAAAAAGCCCUCGAAUUUGGCUCAAUUGACUCGGUUGUCGCUAAUGCCGGUGUGCUUGAUCCAGUCGACACUGUGGCCAAGGCUGACAUUGCCAAGUGGAAGAAUUUGUUCGAUAUCAACUUCUUUUCGGUGGUUGACCUUGCCACUAAAACAUUGCCUCACCUUAAGAAGUCAAACGGCCGUUUUGUCGCCGUGCUGUCUGGAGCUCUGACCAGUUCCUACUACGGCUGGGGCGCCUACGGUGCUUCCAAAUCUGCCUUGAACCAUCUCAUUCAAACCUUGGUUGCUGAGGACAAGGAGGUCAAUGCUAUCUCGAUUGCCCCAGGUGUGGUGGAUACCAACAUGCAAGAGGACAUUCGUAACAAGUUCGGAGCCAACAUGACGCCUGAGAGCUUGCAAAAGUUCAUUGAUUUGCAUAAGAACAAGGGAUUGUUGCCUGCCGAGGUGCCUGCCAGUUUGCUCGUUAACUUGGCUGUCAAGGGUUGGGGUCUGGACCUCAACGGUGGUUACUACAGAAUCGGCCAGGAUGCUCUCAAGGAAACUUUUUUCACCGAUGUUCACCAGAUCGCUCAGAACCGCCAGUCUAAAGGCCCCAGAGGUCAGCUAUUGAAGGCUCCUAUUGGUCUUAGAGCCUACUCCAAAUUCCCCAGCUCAGAUAAAAAAAAGAGCGAGGAUAAGUCCAACCAGAACUCCAAUGAUCAGAAGAACUCCAAGGAACAGAAGAAGUCUCCAUUUUCCAAGGGCUACGUUCUUGGUGCUCUAGGCAUUCUUGCUGUUGGCUCUACCGUCUUGGCUUCUGUUUACACCAAGCACGAACCUAAACUGGCCCCAGAGCCCAAGAAAGGUCCAGCUUUCAGCGACAAAGACGUGUCUGUGGUUUUCGUUCUAGGAGGUCCUGGUUCUGGAAAAGGUACUCAGUGUGGCAAGCUUGUCAACGAGAAAGGUUUCGUGCACUUGUCUGCUGGAGAUCUCUUGAGAGCUGAGCAGGUCAGAGAGGGUUCUCUGGAUGGAGCCUUGAUCGCUCAGUGCAUCAAAGAAGGCACGAUUGUGCCUCAGGAGGUGACCGUUCGUUUGUUGAGAAACGCUGUUGCUGACAACGUGGCCAAGGGCAAGAACAAGUUCUUGGUGGACGGUUUCCCAAGAAAGAUGGACCAGGCCUUGACCUUUGAGGACGAAAUCGUCAAGUCUGCGUUCACCCUUUUCUUCGAGUGUCCUGAGCAGGUUAUGCUUGACAGACUCUUGGAGAGAGGCAAGACCUCCGGCAGAGCCGAUGACAACAUCGAGAGUAUCAAGAAGAGAUUCAGAACCUUUAUCGAGACAUCCAUGCCUGUGGUCGACUACUUCGACAAGCAGGGCAAGGUCGUGAAGCUUCGCUGUGACGAGCCCGUGGACACUGUCGGUAACAGAGUCAAGGAGGCGCUUGUCAAGAGAGGCAUCAACUAG